UUGUAUCUGAAUUGCUCUUCUUUCCCAGUCCACAACAGUGUGAUUCUUGUGUCACAAGGAUGUAUUUCAACAAUGAAUUGUCUGAUCUGAAAGAUCGCUUCCUUAGAUCACUGCGAGCCCAAAAAUACCCGGAUCGAAUAAAUUUCUUUCUUUGGGAAUUAAAAUUCCUUGAUUGUUUUCUCCAUUUACAGAACUUUGCUUUUGCAAGUGAAUGUGGUAUGCUACAUGUCUCACAAAAAAUGCUAAAAAUUUUCAAGAGGAUGUGUGCUACAUUAAGAUGCAUCCGGCCGAAUGCUGGUUCAGAUAAUGCAUUUGCAUACUGGAAGGAGGUAAUUUGCAAGAGGCUGUGUGCUACCUUACUUAACACCCGGCCAGAUGCUUGUUCAGAUGAUGGAUUUGCAUACUGGAAGGAGGUAAUUUGGAAGACUAAGCAAGAAUUCAGAGCUAAAUACUCCUUUCCAAAAACACCACUUGCAUCCAACAAGGUGGAUGAUGAUGAUAUCAAUAUUCAUAGCCCCAAAUUUGUGAUGGAAUUCAUCGAUGCUGUUGUGGGGAAUCUCAAUGUUCUAGUCAAGAUCAAUGAUCCAUGUUCGUUGCUCUUUGUUCCAGGACCCAAGGAACAAAUAGAAUAAGUGUCAAAGGAGUUGAAGUUACUGAGAUUUUUCGUCUGCUUUGUUUCAAACAAAUGUAUAGAGCCUCAAUACCGACAUACUACUUUUUAUACUCGUGCUUUAAUUGAGGCUAGCCACAUCGCAAUCGUUGUGUGGUUGCAUUU